AUGUUUGUUGGGAGCCCCACACCUCUGUGUGAACCAAUAACAUGUAAACUACAACUGCCAGGGCUGAAAGGAACCAGCUAUGAACCUGCUUAUAGAAACACGUUUCUACCUGGUGACCAAGUGACAGUAACUUGUGAAGACAAGUACUGGAUUUUUGGGCAUCAACCGACUUCAGUCGUAACUACAUGCAAAGAGGACGGAGAGUGGACUAUCAGACCUCUAUGCCAAGAGGUUACGUGCAGCAAACAAGGAGUCCCACAUGUGUCUUCAUGGGACAGUCGUCGGCAGCAAACAUUCAAAUCGGGUGAGACGACACGUUACGGGUGUGAGACAGGCUACAGGAGGAAAGAUGGCGCCAGCAGGGCCACAUGCACCCGAGAUGGAUGGCAACCAAAUCCACUUUGUGAAGAGAUAAUAUGUACAGCACCCGAGAUUGAAAAUGGUGAUGUGCUUGGACAAAUCCAAGAGUACAUAGAAAAUCAAGUCCUGGAGUUUCAGUGUAAACCCUCAUUUAGACGCGCUGAAGCCAGAUCUUCAAAAUGCACAAAGCAAGGAGUAAGAGCAGAAUGGAGCCCCACACCUCUGUGUGAAUCAAUAACAUGUAAACUACAACUGCCAGGGCUGAAAGGAACCAGCUAUGAACCUGCUUAUAGAAACACGUUUCUACCUGGUGACCAAGUGACAGUAACUUGUGAAGACAAGUACUGGAUUUCUAGGCAUCAACCGACCUCAGUCGUAACUACAUGCAAAGAGGGCGGAGAGUGGACUAUCAGACCUCUAUGCCAAGAAAGUCACUGCAAGAAACCUCACAUCGACGGUGCAAACUUUAUCGGCGUUGUAAGGGAAAGUUACAGCCUAAAUGAUCGCAUCCGAUAUGCAUGCAAGAACAACGUUGAAAUAAUUGUUACUAUUACCUGUGAAGAAAAUGGUUGGAAUGGGAUUCAGAGCUGUUCAGAAGUUCUAGGUUGUGGCACAGCACCAAUCAUUGCCGAUGGAGACCUCAAGUACACCAGGAAAAGUAAUAACAGCCAUAAUGAUAUGGUUGAAUACAUGUGCCAGGCAUACUACACCAUGGAGGGAGAGCCUUACAAAACCUGCGUCAAUGGUGUAUGGACUGGACACACGAGAUGCAUCCAACCCUGUACCGUGAAUGAAGACGACAAUAAACAACAUAAUAUUACCGUUAAAUAUAAUGGCAGUACAUAUUUCACUCAUGAUGAAAUAAUUGAGUUUAGGUGUGCCAGAGGAAUACCUGUUGGUUCAGUAUCAUUACUUCAGAGGUGUAAUAGUGGUGUUAUUGUCUUGCCUACUUGCCAAGAGUUUUAGUCAACAGUAGAUCAAAGUAAAAAACUGAUUAUGCAGAGUUAUGAACUGAUUCCGUCUCCUCUUUGAUGUUGUCAACUGUAUAAAUGUUAAUAAAGCAUACAUGACACA